CACUCCACCUGAGCCAAGAACACGAAUAAUUAUGUCACGUCGUUCUCACUGCACCGCGUUUCUCACCUCGCCAUCUUCCUCCUCCUCCACCUCCACCUCCUUUGCACCUCGAAUCGGCCGCUCCCUCUCCUCCAUCCGCCCCAGCGCUAAGCUGCAGCUCAGGAGAAGUUGUGCUGUUGCUGCGAGUACCACCGCCUCGUCGCCGGCGAGAGACCUACAGAAGGUGAGCGCCACGCGUGCGGGUGCGGCGGCGGUGGCGGCAGGGGGGAUGGAGCAGCAGCAGGGCAAGGCGGCGGUCGGAUGGGCGGCCAGGGACGACUCCGGUGUGCUCUCCCCUUACAACUUCUCCAGGAGGGUUCAGAAAGACGAUGACGUCACCAUCAAGGUGCUCUACUGCGGCAUCUGCCACACCGACCUGCACAUCGUCAAGAACGACUGGAGAAACGCCCUGUACCCCGUCGUGCCCGGCCACGAGAUCCUCGGCGUCGUAACCGACGUCGGCGCCGGCGUCACCAAGUUCAAAGCCGGGGACACGGUGGGGGUGGGCUACUUCGUCACGUCGUGCCGCGCCUGCGAGACCUGCGGGAAGGGGUACGAGAACUACUGCUCCAAGAUGGUCACCACGUGCAACGGCGUCGACCACGACCACGGCGGCGCGGUCACCCAGGGCGGGUUCUCCGACGUCCUCGUCGUCAACGAGCACUACGUGCUCCGCGUCCCGCCGGGGCUGCCGCUGGACAAGGCGGCGCCGCUGCUUUGCGCCGGCGUGACGGUGUACGGCCCGAUGGUGCUCCACGGCCUGAACGCGCCGGGCAAGCACCUGGGCGUCGUGGGCCUCGGGGGGCUCGGCCACGUCGCCGUCAAGUUCGGCAAGGCGUUCGGCAUGCGCGUGACCGUCAUCAGCACGUCGCCGGGGAAGCGGCAGGAGGCGCUGGAGCACCUCGGCGCCGACGAGUUCCUCGUCAGCCGCGACUCGGACCAGAUGGCGGCGGCGGCCGGCACCAUGGACGGCAUCCUCGACACGGUGUCGGCCUGGCACCCGAUCACGCCGCUCUUCUCCCUGAUGAAGCCGAUGGGGCAGAUAAUAUUCGUCGGCGGGCCGACCAGGCCGCUGGAGCUGCCGGCGUACGCCAUCGUGCCCGGCGGGAAGGGCAUCACCGGCAACUGCGUCGGCGGCAUCAGGGACUGUCAGGCCAUGCUCGACUUCGCCGGCGAGCACGGCAUCACCGCCGAGGUGGAGGUGAUCAAGAUGGACUACGUCAACACGGCGUUUGAGCGGCUGGAGAAGAACGACGUCCGCUACCGCUUCGUCAUUGACGUGGCCGGCAGCCUCGCCUCCGGCGCCGGCGACGCCAAGAUAUGAAACCCCCUGUGGCCUCGAGCGAGCGUUGAGUGAUGCAAUAAGUGGAGCAUGUCUCCUCACUUGCUUCUUAAUUAAUUAUAUUAUUAUGCUUAUUUACGAAUAAAUGCUAGGAGGAUAUUUUGUUUCAAGUCAAGUUGCCCAUACUCUUAAUCAUCUUUUGGUAGCUUUAUAUUUAUUUUAUUUAGGAUAAGUUGUUAGUCACUAUCACGUUCCCUUUAAUAACGUGUUAACG